AUGGCGUCGCUGGCGGAGUCGCCGGACGUCUCGCCGUUCGCCGAACUUCCGGUGGUGGCUAUGAGGGAGAAAAUCGUCGAGAAGAUUAAGCAGAAUCGCGUGACUCUCAUCAUCGGCGAGACUGGCUGCGGAAAGAGCUCACAGAUCCCACAGUUCCUAUUGGAAGAAAAUAUGGCGCCAGUGCUUUGUACCCAACCAAGAAGAUUUGCUGUUGUAGCUGUUGCUAGAAUGGUAGCCGCAGCUCGUAACUGUGAAGUGGGUGGAGAGGUUGGAUACCAUAUUGGUCACUCAAGGGUCUUAUCGUCUAGGUCCAAGAUUGUUUUUAAAACAGCUGGGGUUCUGUUGGAUGAAAUGCGAGAGAAAGGAUUCAAUGCUCUUAAGUACAAAGUUAUUGUUCUCGAUGAAGUACAUGAAAGAUCUGUGGAGUCUGAUCUCGUUCUUGUUUGUUUAAAGCAGUUUUUGCUUCGUAAGAAAGAUUUGAGGGUGGUUUUGAUGUCUGCAACUGCUGAUAUUGCGCGGUAUCGUGAAUACUUCAAGGAUCUUGGUAGGGAUGAAAGAGUGGAACGGGUGGCUAUCCCCAACUCUGAAAAGAAUAUCAUAUAUCAAAGAAAAGAGAUGUAUCUCGAUCAGGUGGCCAAACUUCUUGGAAUAGACUCUGAGAACCUUUCGUUGAAAUACUGCUCCGGACCAAGCCCAACAAUGGCUGAAGUCGGUUUCAACCCUGAAUUGCACAAGCUUAUCCAUGAUUUGGUUUUGCACAUCCACCAGAAUGAACCAGAUAUCGAGAAGAGCAUUUUAGUUUUCCUCCCAACAUACAUUACAUUGGAGAGGCAGUGGCUCCUCUUGAAGCCUUUCAGCGACUUAUUCAGAGUUCACAUAUUGCAUAGGUCUGUUGACACUAAUCAAGCUCUCAGAGCUAUGGAUAUCUGCAAAUCCCACCGUAAGGUAAUACUAGCCACAAACAUUGCUGAAUCUUCUGUCACAAUACCUAAAGUAGGUCAUGUCAUAGAUUCAUGUCGAUCUUUGCAAGUUUUUUGGGACAACAACAGGAAAACAGAUUCGGCUGAGCUGGUUUGGGUAUCAAAAUCUCAGGCUGAUCAACGUAGGGGAAGAACUGGUCGAACUUGUGAUGGUUAUGUGUAUCGGUUAGUAACUGAGUCAUUCUAUGGUCAACUGGAUGAUUACGAGUCCCCAGCAAUAUUAAAGCUGUCAUUAAGGCAUCAAGUCCUUCUAAUUUGCUGUGCGGAAUCUAAAGCUAUUAAUGAGCCGAAAGCAUUACUGCAGAAGGCAAUGGAUCCACCCGAUCCUGAUGUUGUUGAGGAUGCACUAGAUUUGCUUGUUCAAAUGCGUACUCUGGAAAAGGGAUCUUCUAGGUCACGUUAUGAGCCUACCUUUUAUGGACGCUUGUUAGCAAGUUUCUCUUUGUCAUUUGAUGCCUCUGUACUAAUUCUUAAGUUUGGAGACAUCGGAAUGAUACGUGAAGGCAUACUUUUUGGUAUAUUGAUGGAUCUUCAGCCUCUGCCUAUUUUGCGUCUUUUUGGUCAGGACAAUCAGUCCUUGGAGUACACUGAUUAUUAUUAUAAUGGAGCUAGUAAGAUUACUGGGCUCGGAAGAAAGGAGGUUUUAUAUAUGGCCAACUUUUGCGCGUUUCAUUUUUGGCAGCGAACUUACAAAGACAAGUGGCGGCUCGCUCAACUGUUCAAGCUUGAUGAACCAGAAGAGACGCGAAUUUUUCAAAAAAUCGAGGAAGAAUGGUGCUCAUUUCACAAACUUGUCAUGCCUGCCCUCGAACAAAUUAUUGAAACAUAUGAUGAUAUUCUAAAUAUUCUUCAUCGAUUUCGACCAAAGUGUCUGGUAGAAUCCAAUGGGCCACCUGUUCAUUACGAACCAUACGAGUUUCAGCAUACAUGUCAGCUUAAGGGCGUACCGAAUCACGAAGCUGAUGGUUUAGCUCUAGCUGAUGGAGUUGAUGAUGACGUGGAAUGUAAGGAAUGUGUUGCUGUACCAUUUGUCGGGCCAUAUGAUUUUCUGAAAGAUGAGCUGGCAACAAAGUUUGCAUCAAUCGUAAAAGAGAUGAGAAUUCAACUUGCUGGGGUUGUACCAAGUAAGCCGAAUAUGCAAACUUUUGAAAAUGGACACGGGACUUUAGGAGGUGCGGCACUGUGUAGAUAUUUUGUGAAGGGUUUAUGCAACAGGGGAACUCAGUGCCCUUUUUCCCAUUCACUCCAAGCAAAGAAGCCUGUUUGCAAAUUCUUUUUAUCUUUGCAGGGAUGCCGAAAUGGAGACUCGUGUUUCUUUUCUCACGAGUCCGAAUUGCCCUCCAUAUCAGCUAAAGAACCUGGUUUUUGCUCCCCGGAAGAUGGGCAAAUUUGUCCCGAAUCCCUUCUUCAGUUCUUUCCCAAUCCUUCAUACGGACGAGUGAUUAUACUUGACGACCCAAAUCUUCAUUUCUCCUCUAAUCUCGCCCGUCAAUACAACCCGUCUGCUAUAAUCUCCACCACUUCUCAAGUGAAUGCCUUCUCGCUCGACUCUUCUCUCAGGGGCAUAAACGUCAUUUGGGGACUUGGCCACCCUUAUCAGACAAUCCUAUCCAAGGAUAAUGAUAACGUUGUCCCGUGGAAUGACGUGAAGUGCGCGUUGUGGUUUCCUAGGUUUGGUGAUGACGAUGAAGGACAACUGAAGAGCAAGCUACGAGCUUUCUUCCAUUGUCUUGCGAUUCGUAUUUUGGCGGAUGCUCUUCAUGAAGUGCAAGUUGUUCUCACCAUGAACAAUAUUCGUUUUUCAAGAUUACAGGUGGAAAAACUGGCCAGGGACAGUUUUUUCGUACUUAAAGCGUCGGUCCCAUUUGACGAGUCGAGCUUCGGGAAGCUGUUAGAUGAGUUGACCACCAAAAAGUCGAUGUUAGAGUCAAAGCCCGUUUCGUAUAUUUUCGAUCUGUAUCCUCCCAUGGACCUUCAGUUUGGCGACUACACACCUUUACUCCGCCAGCAUUUACAAGACGUGUCGGGAGAGUAA